AUUUAAAACCUUUUAAAUGCUCCAGCUUUUUCAGGAACAAGAGGAGAUGCUGGGGUUACUGCUCUGUAGACCGGAUCUCCCUUCCAAAGGCCUUCAAAGAGCAAGUGAAAAACUGUGACCCAUGUAAGAUCAUGGAUAUUUUUCAGGACAAACUAACUAUAAAACUGUACACAUCCAUAUCUGCAGUGCUCCAGAAAGAAUAGCAGUGAAUUGCCUAGAAAUGGAGGCCUCCUGCUUCCCAUUGACUCUGGAGAGCUUACAGCUUGAAAGGAAAGAAUAAGUGUCUGGGGUGUGAUUAAGAUUCUCCAUGAAGAAGGAAGCAUGAUCGCCUUUAUGAACAAUUCUGACAGUGAAGAGGAACCCUGCAAUGAAAGGACAUCGUUGAUGUCAGCUGAAAGCCCCCUUCUACCUUCUUAUCAUGAUGGAGCACAACCAACUGAAGCUGCAGAAACACUUUCCCACAGGAAUAGACGUACUGGCAGCACUGGCAGUUCUAAUAAAACAGAGGAAAACGGGCCUGACCCAGAAAGAGCAGCAAAAGGACAUAUUGUGCUGGAUAAUGAGGAGGAAGAGUUGACCUUAAAAUAUGGAGCAAAGCAUGUGAUCAUGCUGUUUGUGCCUGUAACAUUGUGCAUGGUUGUAGUUGUUGCAACCAUUAAAUCAGUCCGUUUCUACACUGAGAAGAAUGGGCAACUGAUUUAUACCCCCUUCAGUGAAGAUACCCCCUAUGUGGGCCAGCGUCUCUUGAGCUCUGUGUUGAAUACCAUCAUCAUGAUCAGUGUUAUUCUAGUGAUGACCAUCUUUUUGGUUUUGCUGUACAAAUAUCGUUGCUAUAAGUUCAUUCAUGGGUGGCUGAUUCUCUCAUCGCUGAUGCUUUUGUUUCUCUUCACUUACAUCUACCUUGGUGAAGUGCUCAAGACUUACAAUGUGGCUAUGGAUUACCCUACCCUGUUCUUUGUUAUCUGGAAUUUUGGAGCUGUUGGGAUGAUUUGCAUCCACUGGAAGGGGCCUUUGAAACUUCAGCAAGCCUAUCUCAUUAUGAUCAGCGCCUUGAUGGCUCUAGUUUUCAUUAAGUACCUGCCAGAGUGGUCAGCUUGGGUCAUCCUGGGAGGCAUCUCUGUUUAUGACUUGAUAGCAGUUUUAUGUCCAAAGGGACCCCUCCGAAUGUUGGUGGAAACAGCACAAGAGAGAAAUGAGCCAAUAUUUCCUGCACUUAUUUAUUCCUCUGCUAUGAUGUGGACAAUUGGAAUGGCAAAGCCAGACAGUGCACAGAGAAGGACUUCUCAGGAGAUAGGGAAUCCAGAAGCAGAGAGCCGUGACAGGUCUUCAUAUGCUGAGCGUGAAGUUCCAGAAAUGAGAAACUCAACUAUGGAUCAAACUGGCCAACAACUUGGUCAAAUUGCCUGCAACUUUGAGGAAAGCCAGGAGGAGGAAGAAAGAGGAGUCAAGCUGGGUCUAGGAGACUUUAUCUUCUAUAGCGUGCUUGUUGGCAAAGCAGCUGCCACUGCUAAUGGGGACUGGAAUACAACAUUGGCUUGUUUUGUAGCCAUCCUCAUAGGUCUGUGCUUAACUCUUCUAUUGCUUGCAGUCUUUAAGAAGGCACUACCUGCUCUUCCCAUUUCCAUCACUUUUGGCCUGAUCUUCUACUUCUCAACAGAUUACCUUGUGCAACCUUUCAUGGAUACCCUUGCAGCUCAUCAGCUAUAUAUUUAAGAAUAAUGGGAUCCUGUUUAAGAGCUUCCAUGAGCAGCAGGCCAAUUUUCAGUGGAUAAAACCUUGUGAAUUUUAUACUUAAUUCCAUAUCUUUUUUAAAGGAUACACUUAAAAAAACCCACAGUUUUGCUAAUUUCCCCUGGAACUUCACAGCUGACUCUUCAGACUAUUAAGGCUUCAGGUAUUAGGAUCUAUGCAGCCUGAACCUACUUGCACAUAUGCAGAGAUCAUUUGGAGCAUAGAAUUAUUAUUGAUGACUUUCUUCUUCAUAUUCUUCAUCAAUAUAUUAAUUUUUUACUUUGUGUAGAAGGUAGAUUGAUUGCAUUACCUUAAAGUAAAAUGAAGAAUCCGUCUUGAGAGAGUAUUGGUAUUGAGAAGUUUAAAGUCCACUUUAUAUAAUCACACAGUAAUAAUAAUAACAAUACAGGGUAUUUUUUAACAUUGAAAAAGCACUCUGAGUGAAGUACAGGAAUUGUCUGAAAGGAGAAGAGAGUAUAGGGAGUUGUGGCCUGUUCAAAUCUCUAGUAUAACAGCUAACCAUGGGCUAUCAUGGAACUUUUGACAUUCCUGGUUUCUAUGGUAAAAUCAGCAAGAAGCAAAUUGUAAACAGCAUAGCUGUUUUAAUGAUAGUUUGUUUGUUCCACUGGGAAACUUAGUGCUGUUAUAGAUUAGUUUACCUUUUAGGUACACUAAAUGAAGGUAUCUGAAUCUCUGGCUAGGUUCCUAUGUCAUUCUUAGCCAGAUUUUGUGUAACUAUGAUUUACUGAAUAAUUGGCUGCAUUUGUGUUAUUAAGCCACAAAUCAUGAUUAAUAUUUAUGGGUUCAGUAUGCUUAGCAACCUUAUGUUACAUGCCCUGAUUUUAUUUUCUGUAAAAUAAAAACAAAAUGAGAAGUAAAAUGAUGCAAAGUACCACCAUGUAGGUUUUAUAGUAAUGGGACACAAUCUUGCCAGUUUGCCUUCUGUUAAAUGACUGCCUGUGUUCACCAUUGCAGCAAUUUGUGAGAACACCUGUAAACUGUUCUCAAACUUCCAAAUGUACUGCAGCUCACAAAGAUUAAUGUGGACCUUAAACUGGGUUCACAUAAUAUACUACGCCAAAAUUCAAAUAAAUCACAUUACGAGUAUAAUGUGUGAAACCAUGUCACACUCUCAUUCUCAUCUGCCCAUUCUGUAAUCACAGUUAUUUAUUUGGCAUUGCUCACGUAUUAAAAAUGACCCAAGGAAAGGAGAACUCACAGCAUUGUUCUAAUUACAUUCAUGAAUGACCCCAUAAUGACCCCAUAAAUAACAGCAAGCAGGUUCUCUUUCCUUCUCUUCCUAGACUGAGUAGCAUUAAUGUAAACAAGAAACCAUUCAAUAAAGAGUUGAGACUUGAUCAGUGGAGUAAGUUCGGACUGUUUUAUUCCUUAAUCAUGAAUCCUGUGGAGCCUUAUCUUGUACUCCAUCAAAGGAUGAAUUUUUAUGCCUUUAAUAAAACUAAAUUUCUGGAAAUACGGACAGUUUAUCUUUCCCUGGUUCCUGAUCUUCAGAAAGUUCUAUGCCUAGAGUAAGAGGCUUUUAUGCAUAAAGCAUGAUAUGUAAAGGUCUAAUUCACUGAAUUUCUCUUCUCCAAAAUAGAACAAGACCACAUGCAAAGUAGGCUAAAGUAUAUAUUGUGGUACAUACACUACUAACAUCUUUUUAAUUAAAAAUGAUAAUUUCCCUCCAGAUCAAUAUUUUAUUACCCCCAGAAAAAAGGAAGAAAUGAAAGAUUAACUUGUUAUAGUUCUCAAAAUUGAGUUCUUGCUGAAAAUAGUAAUGGCUACGAAAGUAAUACUUUCAUUUCCAUUUUGACUCCUUUCAUUUCUCCCACCAAAUCUCUUUAAUAUUCUGUUGCAUCAGAAUUAUUGUUCUGCUACACCUUAUUUGGCCAGCUUGACACAGGAAGUUUUAUUCCAUUCCAUUUUGGUAUGCAGUCUCAUAUAAAAUAGAGCCAGAGGAGCUUCGGUGAUAUUGAAAGUUAUAGAGAUUUGAUACAUUCUUAUGUAGAUAGAUAGGUUACAUUGCUUUUAUGAUGUGAACUGUGAGGAUCAGUACACUGUCUCUGUUAAUUUAUUGCAUGCUUACUUUUCUUUGCAAUUCGUGUUCCUUCAUUUCUACCCUACAGACUUCUUUCUGACAAGUCAGUGCAUUUAGAUAUCUCUUUGCAUAAAUAAAGUAUUUAUUUUAGGGGAAGACAAGCAUUUUACCCACCUACAUCAGAUUAUUUCUUACCUUAGUAGUAACACAUGGAGGUAAUGCUGGGCAAACUGGAACCUUAAAAGGAGAUUCUUGACCAGCUAGACUUGGGUUUCUUGCUUCAGGAAGAUGUAGAUAUUUUAUUGUUUUAGAUAAAAUAACUGCAUAAUUGGUUAAUCUGUUCAACCUGGGGAAAAUGCCAAGCAGUAGAGGUCAGAAUUUCACUUUCCACUUGGGAUUUUCUUAGUAAAAACAACUUAGCUUUGGCUUUCCGGUGAAUUGUAUUUGGGAAGAGAAAGUCACUUUAGAAGUGUUUUUAGGAAUAUUAUACUUUUUUAAUUAUAAAAGUGAAUUAUUUUGGGAUUGUUACAGCUCAUAAUAAAAUUGAAAGGUCAAAUUGGGUUUAUUAUAAAAAUUAGUCUAAAUAAGAAAUUGUUAAUUCAAGCUUCUUUCUAGGGAUACCUAUCAUUGGAGGAUUUGCUUUUUGGUGCUUUAUAUUUGCCUGGUUAGAAACCUGAGUUGUUUUUCUUUUAGUUGUUACUUUUUGUGAAAAAAAAAAAAACUUGCUUGAUUUAAGUGCGAAGGAAUAAUGAAUUGACCCUCAAUAUAUAUUUCCUAAUAUUUUAUAGGUAAUACAUUAGAUUUGGGGCCAGUUCAAGAUAGAAAAAUCCAAUAGUACACCCUACUCUUCUAUGUCUUAAUUUAUAUUUCACAUAUUCAGAAGAAUUCCAUUACCAUUAGUGAUACUGACUAGGGCUAACAAGAACUAUACCCAAGCACAUCUGAAGGGCACCAGUUGGUAAAUGUGAAAUGCGCUCCUUGAGCCAUAUCUGAUUUGCUUUACACAUGGCCUGAUCUUCUACAGAGAUUAGCAUAUAUCACAUUUAAUUCUAUAAUCCUACAGCAGCUUAACCAGAAUUAUUUGGUACAGAAGAAUGCAUAUCUAGCUAAAUACUUCUGUCCAGGGCCAGGGUGCAGAGCAAUAUUUAUACAAGGGCUGUUUCGCAUCCCAAGUAACAAGCCAAUCAAAUGAAUAUUGCACUUAAAAUCCCUGCAAGUUCUUAUUGCCAAUGCAAGCAGAAUUAAGAUGUGUCAUCUUUUUGCUGAGAGAAAAGAUUUUACAGUUGACCAGUAUGUGGAAGUAUUUGAGGGCACAGGUAUAUUUAAGCAUGUGUGUUUUUAUUUUCUGCAAGUGCAGCUUACAAGGAAUGGCUUGGCCCUAGGAUCCUCAAACAUUGCCCAUCCAUGAUCUAGGUCUUUUCUUGUUGCUUCUUCAUAAAGCUGCACCAGUUUAAUAUACAUAUUAGCUGUUUCUCAAUAGACUUGGGACCUUUUUGCAAGACUUUGUUGGCCUAGAAAAAAUGUGACCAAAAGUCCAGUAUAUAUCAAAUAGAAUAUGAACACAUAGAUGCUUACAUAAUGCUCACUUCCUGAUACAUUCAUUAAGCAAUGCUUUUAAAAAUGUUUUAACAGGAUUUUCCCUACCAUUUUAAAAUCUUUAUUCCAAAAAUCCAUGAAAUACGGUACAUGUCUCAUUUGUUUCCUUUAGAAUGACUUUAAUAUAGGUCAGAAUUUGAAUGCAUGAUGGACAAAGUAUGUGUGCAGGGACAGUUCAAAUAUACAGUAUAUGUACAGGAAAUUAUUCUUAAAAUAUUAUUGAAAAUGUAAUAAAUACAAUAAAGUGAUAGUAUGACUACUAA